AUGCAACAUCAUCACCACCUCCAUCACUACCCACCCAUCCCCCGUCCAGUGACGCCUUCAACCCCAGCGACGUCUUCAACCUUGAAUCCUCCACCAGUUCCUCAGCCAUUUUCCGUUCAGCUAAAUGAAGUGGUCGCCAGGUUCACUUCAAAGCUAUUGUUCUUAAGAGAGCCUUCUGGAGCUCCGCCCGUUGCUCAUUCUUAUCUGUCAAAUCAUGCAGGACCAUCCGGUAUUCAGGAGGAUUUGAAUCAUAAACGCCUUCUAAACGUCUUCUUCAGUAGUACAACGACCGUCUCGAAACCCCCAUCUCGUCGUCCACCACCCCGGGGCCAUUCGUGCCCCGGACGACACCCAGAUGACCAACAACGUCUUCUGAAUUCUUCUGAAAAGAAGAAUUCGAAAAAGAAGCAUCGAAAACGUUCUCUAAUCCAAGAAUUCGCUUUGGUGAAUAACUUGAAUCCUCUAUGGGGAUCACAACCAUUUCUAGCACUUCAGAAUGCGGAUUUGUGUAUGUUUGAUGUGAUAUCCGGCUUAUCACUACAUUCGGUUGAUUUGGACGAUAUUCCUGAUGCGAUGAGUCCAAUGAUGGGACGAUCCGAUAGUAGUGCAGUACUCGGAAGUACUGCACACAGUGCUGUGGGCAGGAGGAAAAGUGUUGGAAGCUCGUGCUCUUCGGUUGCUGGCGAAUCCGAUGUGAUGAGUUCGACGUCGACAGCCGGAGGUCAUUCUCAGAAGCAUUCCAAUGAUUUAGUGGAUGGAAUCAUUGCUGGAAGAGCGGCCGCCCUGGCCUCCCUUAUCAGAAUAAUCACAUCGAAAUCGUCAAAUGAGAAAAUUCCAAACGGACAGCUAGCCAAUUUCUAUGCUACAGUAUUCCAGUGUCUAGUGGAGAAGGAGCGAGUAAUGCUGUGUACUUUGUUCUAUUACGGAAGGAAUUUGUUCCGUUUGGGAUUGCCUGGCAUCGAAAGUCUUCUUCCACACUUUUUGUUCGCUUUGGAUAUUGUGAUGAUUGAAAGUUCGAAACUACGAUUGCAUCCGUCUAUUUCGGAAGUUGAAAUCCGAAGAGCAUGUCUCAGAGCACUGUCUUCGGUGAUUUGUUGGCCGACGACGUUUGGGAUGAGCAAGAUUCCACAAAUCGCCGAAGCAGCAGGUCUCAAAUCCAACGCCACCACCUACCUCCACCUCAGAUCGCGCAUUUUCAAAACGCUAAUGUUCAGUGUUCGAAACGAAACAGAUCCAACGAAUCUGCAUAUUGCACUAGCUCUUUGUGCAGUGUUGGUCGAAGAGAGUUGUCAAUUCGAUUUGGGUCUGAAUGAGGAACAAACCAAAGAGAUGAUAAGAAUCUCAACAACGGCGUCGAGUUCUGGACAACCGGAGAAAGGGUUGUGUGCGUCGAUUGUGAGAGGAGUCUUAUCAGCGAUUUGUGACAAAUUCGGGAGGAUCGAAACGAUUGAUCACUCGACGGCACUCGCGAUUAUUGAUGUGUUGAAUUGUAUCAGUCAUGUACAUCAUACUGUACUUUUUAACAAUAUGGACGUGUCAACUGGUACGCUGGUCAUCGCCUCCCUAUGCCGAUUCAUCGAACAGCAGCUCAGCAAACCGCCUCCAAUGCACUCAAAGGAUCUUCAUUCGACGGUUGUCGCCGCUUACAACGCUGUCGCUGUCUGGCUGACUGCGUCUCCACUUCUCGCAGAAUGCGUUGGCGUGCUCGGAACGGUUUGUGACGUCAUCCAGCUGGGAGUUACAGGAAGUAAAUCUAGCCCAGACGUCCAAAAGUCUCGAGACACGGCGAAGCCAAAAGCAGCGAGUCAGAGAGUUCUCGAAGCGGCAGAAGCACUGAUGUACACACUGUUCUGUGUGGUUGGACGAAAACCGGGACCAUUGAGAGAUGAGCAACGACUGGUGCACAAGUAUGGAGCCGAGAGGAUCAAAUUGUCGAAAUUCUUGCAUGUUCUGGUUAAUGGGGAUACGUUGCUGUCACUUCAUGAAGCAUCGCAUAUUGAUGAAAUUCCGUCGGACAGCGCCUCCAUCGUCUACGUCCGCCGAUCCCCCAUGCAAGGAGCCAAUACAGGAGUGGCGAUGCUCCGCCCAAAACCAGAAAAUUGGCAACCAGACGUGAUUGGAGCACCCCCAAUGACCCCGAUGUCAGCAAUGACAAAUGAUGGAUUUGAAGUAACCACUCGCACCGCUCCCGCCUCUCUGGCUGGCACAAACCCCGUGGCUCCUCAGCCCCCUCCCCCACAAGGCGAAAGAAAAAAAUUCCAAAAUGGACAUCCGGACAAACAGACAGAAACAAAGAUUUUUCUAGGACCCAACACGCCCACACGUCCACAGCAACCGAAAUCGAUUGGCGAGCAGUUUGUGAUACCGCCCGAGUUUUAUAAGAAUUCGUGUAAACUCGACAACGCCUUCCGCUCCCUAGAAUCCACGCCUGAAACCGAAGCAAUUGCCGAGGAAAUGAAGCAACAAAACGCGCAAAACGGACGUUCGUUUUUCGACGAAUCGAGACGAAACAAUGUUUUCGAGCGGAUGCGUCCAGAAGAACGAAUCGUCGCUCCAUUGAAACCGCUGGAAAAGUGUAGUUCGAUUCGAAUGAUGUUAUAUGAUUUCGGUUUGAUUAAUGAUCGAAUUUAUGGAUCCGAAAUUGUGGUGUUGGAUAGCUCAAUGAGCGACAAAUUCUACCGGGACCUCCAUGAGACCGUGGAUUGUGCACCGGCUCGAACCCAACUCACCGCCCAUAUAUUCUACGUAAAAGAGGGACAACGCAACGCGGUGGACAUUCUGGAAAACGCGCUGAACGUUCAGAAUUCGUGCUCGGAUUUCUGUAUGUUUUUGUCGAAUUUGGGUGAAGGAAUCGAGAUUGGAGUACAUGAUACAUGGACGGGACACUGGUCAACAGCGUAUUCAACGAAUCGAAAGCUCCAAUCCGAAUCAGAAGGCGUCGACCACUACAUCGUCGAUGGAAUCCAACACGCGCUCUGGUGGUGUGAUGAGCAAGGAUCGAAUUCGGAGCUGGCAUUCUUAAUGCCAACGGAACGAAGUGUUCGAAUGUUCAAACAGAACAUCACAUCGCCCGCAUCAAGCUCACGACGUGGUUCCAACAACAAUCGAUCGAUAAUUUCGUCGGCUUCAGAUGAGAAAUCAUUUGAUAGCAUGAAUGAAAUAAUGCUAACUGCCAGGCGACACGGUGAAAAGAGUCCGUCGAAUUUGAGUGAUCGAGAUUUUCGACCGUACGCUGGUGGUGGGUCAAACGAACUCAUUGGAUCGUGCGACGACGGAACUGAUUUGCUCAACGGAUCACCAAAGAUUCCAGAAGUGGGCGGAGCCACACUGAACUCUCAAAUCGCUCAUCACAUCAUUUUUAUUCAUCUAGUCGAGCCGGGAAUAGUACAGAUAAGGACACGUGGCACGAUUAAUAGAUUCGGCGAAGCGGGACCACUCGUCGAUGGAGUCGUUGUCUCCCUGACAAACCUUCCAUCGUUCAUUCGAAAUACAAUUUUGAAUACAUCGAGACGAGAUGUGGCGGAAAUUGAAAACUACACCUUCCCACAUACUCGCCGAAAACAGUCGAUCGUCGAAUUCGCCAAAAAAUACGCGGGAAAAACGAGUUACGAGGAGUUUUUAGUGAAUGUGAUACAGAAUUAA